AUGAAAUAUGGGAAAUAUCACGAGGACAGGGCAGUCCGGGCAUAUGAACAAAAAAUGAAAGACUCCGGGCAAACAGUAGAAGCUAAAAAAAUCGGAUUACGGAUAUGUGAACAGUUUCCCGCUCUAGGGGCAAGCGUUGAUGGAAAGGUUUAUGAUAAAUCAACAGAGAGCUAUGGUUGUCUUGAAGUCAAUUGCCCAAUGUCCAGAGCUGGUCUCACACUUGAAGAGGCUGUGCAGAAAAAAACAUUUUGUUUACAAACUUGUGAUCAGGAUCCCCCAACAGCACCAACUUUCAGAAUAAAUUCAACCCCAGUCAGUGGCACCGUAAAAGUUGCCAGAAACAACCGAUUGUCUGUCAGUUGUGUCAGUUCAGGUAAUCCGCCACCAUCUUAUACAUGGACAUACCCAAACAUGACUACUACUAAUGGCCAGGAGCUAAGUGUGAGCAAGGUACAGAACAAUGGGAAAUGUACAUGUGAUGUACGGAAUUCAAUGAAUCCAUCGGUUGGUGCAGUUGUACCUGGAAAUAACACUUCAUUUAUAGAUGUUCUCAUUUUAUAUCAUCCUUCCAUUCCAAUAUUUAAUUACUGGAACACAAGUGGACCUAAUAUUUCAAAAAGAGAACUGGAUGUGAUAACAGGCGACACAUUUAGAGUGGCCUGUACAUCGAACGGAGAACCAGCACCAUCUUACUACUGGGACAACGGAGGAGACAACAGGAUACUUACAAUUAACAACAUUACUACAGACCGUAGCAGUAUAUGUAAAGCUAGAAAUACGAUGCAGGAGACAGUUGGACAGAAAUCAACAAGAUCGGCUACAGCUUCAUUACAAAUACAUGUUCAAAAUCCACCCAGUAAUGUAAUUUUAAAAUACCAUUACGGAGAUAGUUCAGUAGUUGGUAUAACUACAACUCUCAACAUUAGAGAAGGGAAUCCGCUCACGGUUACCUGUAGCAGUGUCAGUAAGCCGCCACCUUCAUACACCUGGACCGGUACUGUUUCCUCAGCAACGGCUACAUUGAAAGUUGACAGUGCCGUUAGAUCUCACACCGGAAAAAUUACUUGUAACGUAGAAAACGUCAUGACAAGGACCUUCGCUAAUCCAGACAAGACAAAAGUAGGAAGAGCAAGCAGAAGCUUCAACUUACAAGUUCUAUAUCCUCCAAUAAUAGACGUACUUAAAAACACAAGCAUUGCUGAGGGGUCUCCGGUGACUGUUUCAUGCCCUGUCACUGUUGGUUAUCCACCUCAAACUACCUAUGAAUGGAUAAGAAUCGGUGAAGUUUGGGAGAGAAAACAAACAUUUACAAUAGAUACAACCUCAAGGAAUGAUGCAAUGUUCUACACAUGUAAAGUCUCCAAUAGAAUGAAGAAAACUGGAGAGCAACCUGUUUCUCAACAAGAUACAAAGUUUUUCUAUCUGAAUGUCUGGUAUGAAGCAACAAUUACAUCAUUUUUCAUAAAAGGGCAUCAAGGGCAGACACAUGUGACUGUAGACGAGAAUGAUGGAGGUAUAGAGUUUACUUGUGAAGUUGACAGUAACCCCUCUUCGACCGUCAAAAUUACGUUUAAUGGCGAGAUAUUAAAAGAAAGAUCUAACACCAAACUUAUCUCACUGACUCACAGUAGUGUGGUAUGUCUCGAUGGUGGUGAAUAUACAUGUGAAGGAAGAAAUCAGUAUGGUCAAUUAUCUAGGAAAAGCAUCAACCUUUUUGUCAAUUGUUCUCCCCGUCCACUACAUCAAAUGAGACAGAAUAUUACAAGUGCUCGGUUCGUUCCAGUCACAUUAAGUUUUACAGCUCUAGCUUACCCACAGCCAGGCACAAAAGGAUUUGUUUGGUUCAAAGAACACGGUGAGAAUUGGUCACCGGUACUAAGCAACGCGGACUUGCAUAUUUCUUCAUCCGCAACAGAGUCCAAUUUGACCAUUUCAAAUGUAUCAAAGGCAGACUUUGGGCGCUAUAGACUAACUGUUACAAACGACCUUGGCAGCUACGUACAAUAUUUAUUCCUUGAAGAAGACGUAGUAGGAAAAGGAGGAUUAUCGGAAACCUGCACAAGAAACUGCGAAAUGGAAUCAGGGAACACUCCCGUGAUAAUUGGAAUUUCGCUUGGAGUAGUUGUUGCUGCCCUCGCAAUUUAUGCAGCGUCAAUCACAAUUUUGUAUAAAAGGAAAACCACACGUCAAGAUCAACAAGUAGUUGUUGGAGAGUUUACAGGAAAAACGUAUAUGAACGUCGCAUUUAACACAGAUGUGCCAAUAAAUCAAAACAACGAUGUUGUUGAAGAUGAGGUUGCUAGACAAUAUACAGAUCUAGCUGAUUAUUCCCGCGAUAAUAGGACCACGUAUGAAGUUCUGCAUAACCUUUGAAUAUCACGUUGAACACAUUUUGUUGAUGAAGAUUGCAUGCAAGAACUUAAAAAGUGUAUGUUUAAUUGCUCGACAAAGUUUUUUUCUUUAUAUAGUAUAAAAUUAAAACUAGCUUGAUGUUUUGUAAUACUCUAACGCAACAUUGUAUAUAUGUUUCCGAUACAUUAAUUGUACAUGAUCAUUAGAUUAUUUGAUAAUGUUCUGUACAGUACGGCGAUAUAUUUUGACGAGUACUUAUUCGAAAAAAGUCGGCUUGUCCAUUCUUUAUUGCGGAUUGACAUAAGUCUAAUAAUAUCCCUUGUUGACAAAACAAUGUUAAAGUAUUUUUAUUCUAUAGUAAUUGUUUUUAGAAAAAAAA